AUGGCGGCGAAAGAUGAGAUGCCGGCAUUUGUAUCGUUCACGAAAAAGUGGCACUCGGAGCCAUCGCCCUCGAUAUCUCCCGAACGACCCGAACUGUCGGCAAAGGGGAAGAACGUGGUUGUCACAGGGGGAGGAACCGGGAUUGGCAAGGCGAUCGCCACGGCAUUCGCGCAGGCAGGCGCAAAGUCCGUGUCCAUCUUGGGUCGCAGAGUGGACAAACUGAAGGAGUCCGCCGCCGCGAUUACCGCCCUUGCACCCAAGGAAACCCAAAUCUUGUACAAGCAGGCGGACCUUCAAAAUCGCGCCCAGGUCGACGAAGCACUCAAAUCUAUAGCCGACCAGGUCGGUAAGAUCGACGUCCUCGUCUCCAAUGCCGGCUACUUGCCACCACCAGGAGCACUAGCGACCUACGAUAUAGAGACCUUCAUGUCGGGAUUCGAGCUCAAUGUGCGCACCGCGUUCAACGUGAUCCAAGCAUUCAUCAAGCUGGCGGCGCCUGACCCCGUGCUUAUCAAUAUCUCUACGGCCAUGGCACAUUUCGAACCUGCCCCCGGUAUGAGCGCCUACACGGUCUCCAAGGCGGCAAACCUAAAGAUGGUGGACUCCUUCGCCAAGGAGAACCCGCAAUUGCACGUCGUUAGCAUCCAACCUGCUUGGACGCCCACCGAUCUCAACGGUCAUCAGGAAGAGGCGCCUGAUAAAGUCGAGCUCCCAGGCCACUUCUGUGUUUGGCUCGCAUCUCCCGAGGCGAAAUUUCUCAAGAGCAAAUUUGUCUGGGCCAACUGGGACGUGGAUGAGCUCAAGGCGCGCGCGGAGGAGAUUCAGAAUAACAAGUUUUUACUUGCGGUUCAUCUCGACGGAAUUGAUAUGUGA